GGAAGGAAGUCGAGUAUCCAUGACAGCCUGGAUGUUGUUGUUGUGACUCUUAUUGAAAUAAAUGCAUGCGAACGAUUCAAGUGAAUAGAUAGGUAGUUAUGCAAAAUUUUGUACUGUACAGAAUUUCAACAUGUAAUGUUUAUAUUCACAUUAUAAUAUAGAUGAGCGCAAAAAAUAUUUAUUUAUUAUAUUUGCAACAGCUAACUGGACAGCUUAUGUUUGACAAUUUCGCCAAGCUUUUACGAACAAAGGUAGAUCAAUAUUUCGCUAGCGGAAAGGAAGAUACUAUAUUGCUUGUAUUGCUACUAUAUUACUUGCAUGUGCUAGUCUGCAAAGUGGAGAGGUGAGGGACGGGUGAAAACAAUGGUUGACCAUGGUCAACAGACACACAGCUGGGCUGGGGGAUCAGAGGAGACGCUGGGGGAGAAAGAAAUGACUGUAGAAAUGGUUCGUUAAAAGCUGAGGGUAGUAGAAUGAUUUCGCGGUAUACGAGACGGCCGGUAUCGCACAGCCUCGAAAUACGUGGGUUAUCUCGGAGCAAUCUAGAUCACCACCCACUCCCUGAGGAAGCUGAUGGCUACCUGCCAAAGUAUCCCUUACAUGACCGGCAGGAGGCACUCUCUACUUGCAACAGCUCCGAGGCUUCUGGAGAAUGUGGGAGGUCAUCGGUCACCACCAGUGAGACUGAAAGGUCAUGGUCUGGCAUCCAUAGCUACUCCGGUACUGGCAUAUCCACAGAGAGAAGCUCGGUAUUUUCCUGGGGUUAUGAUGAAUUCGACAAGGCGGCUUCACGGCAGGUGCAGCGGAUGUUCGAGGAGAUUGACGAGGAGCUGUAUGAGUGCCAGAGCGAUGGGCAGCUUGGGGGGCUGCAGGAGGAAUGCCAGCAGUGGGCAACUAGAUUCCCUCACCUUCGGAUACUGGGAACUCAGCUAGUUUGUCCAACUGAUGAUGGCUACCGGUGGUUUUCCAUCACUGAGAUGGGGGCGGCCAGGGAUGCAACGAGUACCGUAGAUGACAAGACAGUUACUGAGCUGAGUGUCCAUGGUCGAAAAGCAACGCUGUCCAGGUUAGGUGUGGAAGCAGAACAUAACUGUGCCAGUGACGAGCGACCCCGGAUUAUCGAGGCUGAGGGACUCAUGGAGGAAUACUUGGCGUUUGACUCCCGGGACUUGGACGAGGAUUGGGAGCGCGACUGCGUGGGGAGUGGCCGGCACAGGUACUGGCUCCCUCCUGUCUCGCCGUACCGGUGUCGGCGGCAGGCGAUCCUGGACCUGCUGUUCGACGACGUGUGGCGGGAGCUGGUGGGCUGGACGGGCGAGCUAAUAAGCAGGCACUGGGAGGGCUGUAUCUCUGAUGAGGAAAAGAACACUGUGAGCCUCAGCCCAGUGCAGCCAGAGCCCCGAGACCCUUACAGCACCCUGCCCACAGUGCUGCCCAGGCUGGGCCAGAGCAGGCUGCCCCAGCUUACUGCCAGCUUGCAGCUACAGAACACAAAGUCAAGGGGCUCAAAGCACAAGUCCAGGCGGAAGUCCAAAAAGCAGAGAGAACCCUCCACUUCCAACAGAGUCCCAGUGGGAGCAGCAGUGACCCAUCAGAACCUCAAUGACCUCAUCGUCAUCCAUGGAAUCCCCCUUCAACAGAGGAACCUCGGUGUCUCGGCCGACAAAACACAGGACACCGAAGAGAGGGUGUCCCAUCGCCCGAGUUCAAGCGUCAUCGCGUCCAGCAAGCAGCACUCUCGCCGUGCUCUAGAACAAAGCUCCUCCUCGCUGCUGCGACCCGCGCAGUCGGCAAGGCGCCGAAACCCGCCCCCACGAACACUCCUGCCCCUAGUCCCCGGUCCCAUGCAGCCCAGCACAGCAGGACCCAUGGACGAAGGCAUCAGGGGAACGAGGCUGGUAACUGUCAGUGACAGACAGGUUUCCCCACCGAUGCCGCUUAGCCGGAACAGCCUUCUUCCCCCCAUUGGUGUCGGAGACAUAGAGACCUCCUACAUCAGCCAGCACCUUCGACCAGGCCUGCGGCAGAGGGGACACGCCAACAGCCGAGCCCAUAGUGCCGUCGUGGACGAGGGGGGUGCCUCCGUUCCCCGGGACAGACUCCACCUGCUGGACAUCUUCUCUCGUCCGAAUACCACUCAUACCUACAGGUCAGAUACUCCUUAUCGCCGCUCUUUCACAAUCCUGGACAACAUCGGGCUGAGCCGUACUGGCAGAGCAUCAGUGGGCACCGACUCCUUGGAUAUUGGAGUGACUGGCAUCAGCUUGGGAAUUAGCAGUUCUUCCUUUCUGGACUCAUUCAUGCACCAUGCUAUUGGCCAGUCCCCUACCGAGAAUGAGGAAGCUCCGCCCCCAGCACUACUGGUCCCUGUGUCAGUCCCAGCUCGAUCACAUAAUCGGGGGGGCCUGACUUCACGGAGCAGCAGACCAGGACUGUAGCACCCCUCCCUCCCAAGAAACCAGACAUACCUUAGCACUACAGGACACCUAUGAACAGGCCACCAGCAGUGACAUGUCACGUUACUUUUUUAUAAAAGGACUGUACGGCAGAUCAUAGAGCCCUAUUUUUCUAUGUUUAGCUCAUCUGGCUGCCAAACAGGUAUUAAUCAUCUGUGUUUUCAGGAAAAAUUAUAAAGCACACCUAUGCAGGUAUUCAGGGAAACCAACUCCGGAAACAAUGGAAAGAACAGUCUUUUACAAAUAAUGUGCCUGUUAUAGCGAAAUAUAUGCAUUUUCCAGCAAGCCAUUUUGAAGGAAGUCUUAGUCUAUCAAAUCAGGAUGUGUCUGAGAUCGCUUGAGAACACUGUGGGUGAAUUUGCACAAACACCACCAAUCUACGGAUCUGUGAUAUACACGUGCAACACAGGCAAGCUCUAAAACACCCUAUCCUGACACACCAAAAACACAAUGUAGACCAUCGUGGCAUUCCCACGUUACUAGGGCUGUAGUUAAGUCUGGUCAAUGAGCUAAGUAAGGCUUGAAGCUUAUUAUUGUGAAGUAAUGAAUUCCUGCUGCACUCACUCUGUGUUUUUCUUAAAUAAACAAAGAACUGAAUUUCUAAUGAUUCUGCCAUUUCCAUGGUUGCCGUGGUUACAUAAUUACAAAAUUUAAAUGAAAUGAAUGCAAUAUAUUCAAAAGUAUUACAUGCAUCACAUGUUUAAUAAGUCUUUCUCAAUGUGAACAAGCAGAUCAGUCAUAGUAUGUAUAAGUGUAAUAACACCUUAAAAUGUCACUACUGUAAACACUAUGCAUUUCGAAAUGUACUCAGUCAACGUGGAUAAUUUUCUUCAUUAUCCAAAAACUUAAGAGCCAAGAGCCACUAUUUUCAGGCAAAUCAUAAUUGUCUUAAUUUUUGUGAUGGCUUUUCUUAUUUAUGUACCACAUUUUUACUCCAGGGUUGUCAGAAAUUAGUUAAAAUUACACUUGGUGGAUUCUGCCUUUGAUGGGAGUAGCUAAAUUAGCUAAAAUAUUGUUUUUGGAUCAUUUGGUACAAUAUUACAAACUAAACAGUUAGUUCUGUAUCCUAUGUCUCUCACAGGAUACCAUGAGCUUUGAGAUUUAGGGAUAAAUCUCUUUGUAUCCUUCAGCCUCUUCCAGUUCUCUGUUAGUGUAGCAAACCAAACAUGGCACAAUUAAUGCUGACAGGAAGUUACGAAAGAUAAGCACAAAAGGAGAUCCAACAUUUCUUCUAAAUAUUAAGAAAAUAUUAAGAAAAAAGUAAUACCAGAGACAGCAAGAACUAGAGCUAUGGUAUCAUGGAGGAUUUAUAGCUGGUCUUCCUGGGUUCUGCAGAGUGUGAACACCACUGUUAUCUUCAUGUCGUCGAUGUUUUACAAGCUGACUUGAGUAAUGUUCCAGUUCUCUUUACCAUACCUCUUCCCAUUUAUAAAAUUCAGGAUGUCUUCCACUGUGACCUUAAAGGUGAGGUCACUGCAAGCGACACAGCACUGCGCAAUAGGGCAAACGUCAUCAUAACGAAGAAUCUGGGUUAAAGACUCAGAUUGUUCCACAGUCCGUCAAAACACUGCUACGUAGACAUUCAGCAUUAAAUACAUGUUCCCAAAAAAAUUCUAUCAAAAGCCACAUUCAGUUUCCAUUGAUCAAUCAAACUGCUUGACCUUGGUGACAGUCGCUAUUAAAAGCAAUUCUAUUAAUUAUAUAUCGGUUACCUGAUAUAUUUUUAAACACUGAAUGCCGAGUAAAAACACCAACAAAAUAAAUUCAGUCUGCAUGCAAAUGUCUGGAUUCAGCAGAACUCUGUGUUUACAGGAUACUUAACUGAUUUUACUACUUUACUACGACUCAUAUGGGUCCUUAAUAGCUUCACACGUUGCACCUCUGCUGACACGUUUUUGAAGACCCAAGUGAUCACCAGACUCAACUGAAUGCCAGUUUAUGAAAGACAAGUAAUGCAUUAUUAAGAUUAGAAGCAUCCGAAGAUUCUUCAAGGUAACUAUUUACAUGGCAAUAAAUGGAUGUUACAUCGACGUUAUGCUCACGUUGUGGGACAUUGUUCGAUUCAAACACUGAGUAUGCAGUUAUCUCAAAACCACCGGGAUAUUUUGUAAUCUUUACAUAGAUGCUUUGUUUCUGAAAUCUCAGGAUUAAAUCUUAUAAAUGUGCAGAAAAUACUGGAUUAUGUGGGUGUGGAUGCUUGAUAUUUUGCUUUGUAUUUUAAACUGGAUCUGAGCCAACAAGCCAUAUUAAUGUUUUUAGAUUGCUUUGUUUAUGUAUGUAAUUUUGGUGUGUUUGGUGAUUAAAUGUAGAUACAUGCGACUGAACACUGAAUUACACUCUUAUUUUUUCAAUUAAUGUCAAGACCUGGAUAUGUGAAGUAAAUUGAAGUGUUACAUUUUUCUAUAAUAUAGUCAGAAUCCUGUAAUUAAUAUGCCAAUUGGUUAUAACUGCAAUAUGAUCUGUUCCCCAACCUUUUUCUGUAUUUAUGGAAAAAUUAAUAUAGAGUAAAACCUCGGACUGUGAGCAUAAUUCGUUCCGGAAACAUGCUCGUAAUCCAAAGCACUAGUAUAUCAAAGCCAAUUUUCCCAUUAGAAAUAACAGAAACUCGGAUGAUUCGUUCCACUACCCAAAAAUAGUCAUAUAAAAAUGAUUCAUUCAAAAUAUAAAAUAAAAAUACAUAAAACAAAUUAACCUGCACUUUACCUCUGAGAAGAAUUGUGGAUGGUGUGAGGGAGAUGAGAAAGAGGAGAAGAGGAGGGUUAUUUUGUAGGACGACUUUCACUAUAACUAAUGGAAUCACUGCUAUUUGUUGGUUCACUGGAAUCUUUUUUUCACAUUGCAUUGUCCUUAAACAGAUGCAUCUCUCACACUGCUACACCCUUAUUUGGGUGGUGCUUUUCUACUAAAUUUUGACUAUACGAGUGAGGCAGGCAGACUGAGACCGAGCAUGGGAGACGUUUCCCCACAAUCCCACAGCAAGAGAGAGAGAAGAACCAUUGGCUCAGUUGUGAUCACGCGAUGCUGGGCAGUGUAUAUGUAAUACUCAUAUUGCAAGACCUCGCUCGUCCAUCAAGUUAAAAUUCAUUACAAAUUUUUGCUUGUCUUGCAAAACAAGUUACUCACAAUCCGAGGUUUGACUGUAACUGAUAUUACUGCUGUUGAUCAUCUACUGUAAAUCUUUGCUUACUGAGCAAAAUGCUGUAUUAACCUAGAUCUGUAUAGUAUUUCUCUAGGAAAGCAGCCAGUUGCAUUAUGGAUACAAUUGCAUUGAUUAAAAUAAUCAGCCAAGCAAUUAAGCCAACAUACCAAUGGUGCAGUGUUUUUGGAAAAAUUACCAAUUUUAUUCAAAAUGCAUGAUAGUCUGUUAUUUGAAAAUAAUACACAUUUUUAUGGAAUUGUUGCAGUUAUAUUUAAUAAGGAAAACAUGGUAUUUUCAGACAUUUAUAUCUUGCUUAAUAAAAAGUAUUGCGAAAAAGACAAUUUCUCAUAAGUAAUAUUUCCAUUGAUACAAGUGUCAAAACACA